UCUAUAAAAAGCAAUAAAUAUUAUUACAAUGGGAAGGGAUCUUAUUUAAUUAAUUUAAUAAAAUAUUUCGUGAAUAUGAAUUUGAUCAUAUAUCUGUGGCCCUAGUGAAAAGGGGUACAAGUCCGAUUUUGUCGAAAAUAAGUUAAAUAUACCAAAUUGAUCAGAAAGAAAUGCUCUAUCAUUUGGUGUAAACGGAUCUAAGCUAUCUCUAAAAACAAAGAAGUUAUUUGGUGCACAUGGGUUUAACUAAUACAAACAAAACUACAUAAUUUGGAUUCAAGUACUUUUGUAUUGUUUUAAACUGAAAAAUAAAAAAAUAAAAUUGUGUUUUUUAAUCUAAAUUAACAUAAACUACCUACAUUUUUAUCAAAUUGGUGUUUACCAAUACAACAAGAGAUGGUCCUUAUUAAAUGGCUUAGUGAGUAAUGAUAUUACUCGACAUCAAUUUGUUUUCACCAAAAUAAAUGUCAAAAAUCUAGUAUAACUCUUUUGAGAUCAGUAUUCACAUUAUGUUAUUGUGAAAUUAAUAAAUGUAAUAUAAUACAAUUCUAGUUGUAUCCUACGAAUAGCUUUCAUUUUACGUAAGAAACGAUAUAACUCGUCGCUGCGGAGGAGUGGUGCGGGUGAGUGGGGAGCGCAUAGCGCCCGCGCCCCGUCAGUCGCUCGCGCAUCCUACUGAGCAGAACCUGUGUCGACGCGCUGCAGUAACGCGAGAUGGCUGGUAGAGGUAGAAUUAACCGAAUGAUAGAUCUUGUUCAUCGAGAACUGGAAAUGGUUAAUGACGUGGAUUGCUUAAUUGAAGAACCUGUACCUACUUGUUUUCUGUUUACCGAGAAUCAAUCUCCAAAGCCAGGAUCGUCGAAGGAUAACUCUCCAAAGCCAGGAUGUUCUACGGAUUAUGCCCCAAUAUAUGAAUAUUUAAAAAACGUUUCACCAAUCAGUUCAAAAGUAUGUUCUCCUAUGCCUGGAUGUUCCCAAAAUUUUUCCUCAAGGCCGAACCCCGACAAAGAUGACAAUAUAAUAUUUACUGAUUCCGACGAAAUAUAUCUCAUAUGUCUUGAUAUUGUUUCUCUAUUAGUUGAUAAGCUGCCAUGCCCUGAUUUCGAUUAUUCUGGUGAAAGUAGUGAUGACUAUAUACCAAAUACACCCGAUACAAGUGACUCGGAUUGUUCAAUACGGAAUAGGCGUGCAAAAGGAAGACGCAAUGUUAUUAUUCCUCAGUCAGGCUCAGACGAGAGCAAUAAUACUUCAUUUUGGGAUAGAGAAGGUGUUAUACAGGGUCGAAAACGUAAACCUAGGAAAAGUACAAAAGAAAGAAGAGAAGAUAGAGAAAAUAGAAAAAAGAAAAGAAAUCUUGGAAAAAGUUACCAGACAAAAAACGGAAAACCUGUUAAAGAAAGAAACAUGAAAAGUUUGGAAACUUGUAGGAUGAAAUGUGCUGAAAGAAUUCCUGAAGCGUUAAGAAAAAAAAUCUUUGAUCGUUAUUGGAGUUUAGGUGACUAUGAUAGGCGUGUACUGUUCAUAAGUAACCUUAUAACGUUAAAAGAAAAAAAAACACAAAAAAUGGCGCCUACAAUCAAAAAUAGGAAUUAUUCCAACGAGUUUUUCCUGAAGUUGGAUUUAGAGUGUCAUCGCAUUUGUAAGGGUUGUUUUUUAAAAACAUUCGAUGAAACGCCCAAGUUUGUCCAAACUGUGACGGAUAAAUUAAAACUAAGCGGUGGUUUGAUUAUAAAUAAAUCGUCUAGAGGGAAAAAACCCAGUGUCUUUAAAAUUGAUGACGAAAGGCUUGAAGAUGUUAAAGCUCAAAUUUUGUCAUUCCCUCUUUACGAAAGUCAUUAUGGGCGAUCGAAGACAAACAAAAAGUUUUUGCCACCCCAUUUAACUAUUAAGGACAUGUACAAGGCUUACUGUGAGAUGCACGAAAAUCCAGUAUCAAUCACCAUCUACUCAUGGGUUUUCAGAGCCCAAAAUCUAUCUUUUAAGGCGCCUUAUGUUGAUAUGUGUGUGAAAUGCGAUACUUUAGGUACGAAAAUAAAAUAUAGUGAAGGUGAGGAGAGAGAAGAAAAUGAAAAGGUUUUGAUAGAGCACCAACGUAGAGCAGAAACUAUUUAUGACCAAAAGUCUCAAGAUCGGGCGCUUUCAAUUACAAAAAAGGAUACAGUAGUCUUGUCAUUUGACUUACAGCAAUGCUUGCCAACACCAUACCUUAAAUCUGGUGCUGCAUUUUACAAACGUCCAUUAUGGACUUUUAAUUUGACUUUGAGGGACUGUACCUCUAAUAAGGUAUAUUGUUUUAUGUGGCAUGAAGGAAUUGGUGGUAGAGGGGCAAAUCAAGUAGCUUCCUGUUUGUUUUAUUACAUAAUGAACUGCGUACCUGAUGACAUAAAGCAUCUUGUAUUUUAUUCUGACUCCUGUUCUGGCCAAAAUAAAAAUAUUCACGUUGUUUGCAUGUUCCUGUUAGCUAUGCGGAAUAAUACAAAUUUAGAAACCAUAACGCAUAAUUUUUUAGUACCAGGCCAUACACACAUGGAUUGUGACGUGGAUCAUGCGUUAAUUGAAAAGGCAAAGAAAAAAACUCAAAUGGACAUUCAUCAUCCGCGGGAUUGGUAUCAACUUGUCCGAACAUGUAGUAAAAAGAAACCAUUUACUGUUGUAGAAAUGCAUUCUGAAUUAUUUCUAGAUUUUGCGAGUUAUCUAAAAGGGCCACUGCAACAAAAGAAAAUUGAUGAAAAUAAGAAGAAGUUUAAAUUAUCUGAGUGUGCAGCUUUUAAGUAUAAAAAAGGAGAAUUUGCUCAAUUUCAUUACAAAAUGCAUGGCGAAGAUGAAUGGAACGCAGUGAAUUUGCAAAGAAAACGAGGAAAGUCACCGCUUCCAAGUGUUUUUGAAACCGAAUGUAUACCCAAAUCAUACGAUGGGCCGAUUGCAAUUUCUAAUGAGAAAAAACAAGACUUGCUUAGUCUUCUCCCACUUAUAAACCCCAGUGUCAGAUCUUUUUAUACUAAUUUAUUAAGUGAUGAUAACAAAGAUCAGCAUCCUCUUCUAAAUGAUGACAGUGAAGAUGACAUUUUCUAAUUUUUUUAGUUUCUUAGUAUGUUUUUUUUAACUGUUCCUAUAGUUUAAACAUUGUAAAUGAUCCUUUGAUUAGGUACCUACUUUACUAAAAGAAGAGAUUUAUACAUUUUCAGGAUUUUUUUUUCAGCUCAAUUUGUGAUUUUUCUGCUGAUUAAUUUGUGAGU